GAGCCAUGCAAAUUAUUUACGGGAAAAGCUGUGGUUCUGUAUUAGCUAAGAAGAACAUUUUAAUUAAUAUUUAUAAUUAGGGGGGAUAAAUACCCUGUGGCAAAGUCCCCCUGAGCUGCAGGACCGGGAGAGACCUGCUGUGAGUCCGAGCUGAUCAAGAAUUCCGGCUCUUUGGACCUCCGGGUGUGCCAGGGACUUCGCUCCAGCCGAUUUCGUGUCCACUCUGGUCCCUGUGGCCUCUCUCCUCCAUGGCCCUCCUGGCUCAAAACCUGCCUCUGCUGACAAUCCCUCUGGUCACCAAGAUCAUAAGUGUGAAGUACCUGGACAUGGCCCCGGACUCCUUUGAUGACCAGUACCAGGGCUGUGGCCCUGCCAUGGAGGAUGAGUUGCGGGCCCUGAACCGCACUGAGUUCCAGAAGAAUUCUCUGUUUGCCCAGGUCUGGCCGAGGGCUGUGACCAUGUGGCAGUUUCAGGGGUCCCCAUUGUCCCCUCUGUCAUCCUCAGCCCAGGCCAUCGCCCUCAUGGCCUACACCAUGGAAGGUCUGUACAGGAAGUUCAACGAGGAAGUGAGGAAGGCCGGGCGCUCCAGCCAGCAAUACCGGGACAAGUUCCACUUCAAAACUCUGCAUUUCCUGCUGACCAGAGCUGUGCAACGGCUGUGGGACGAUCAGGGGCAGCAAUGUCACUGUGUGUUCCGGGGGGUGGAAAAGUACAAGUUCAGUGCAAAGGUCGGAGACAUCGUCCGAUUCGGUCAAUUCACAUCAUCAACGCUUUGUGAAAGUGUCAUCGAAGAUUUUGGGAACACCACCGUGUUCAAGGUGCAGACGUGUUACGGUGCGUAUAUCAACGACUUCUCCAGCUAUCAGGAUGAGGAGGAGGUUCUGAUCCCACCUUAUGAGAAAUUCAGGGUCACCAAAGUCACCGACAAUGGGGAGACCGUGCAGAUCGAGCUCGACUCCAUUGGGACCUACAGCAAAUACAACUGCGAGUGGCUGAGAGGUGGAAGUGUCCCCAGCGCCCCCUGCCACCUCGGAGGACUCCUCCUGGCCACCACAGCCCUGGCACUGGCCACCAGCAUCCUCUGAGCCACCAAGCCACCAAGGUCACUGAGGUCAGCAAGGUCAUUGUGGCCACCACGAUCACCAAGACCACCAGAAACCCCAGAGAAACAAAGUCACCAAGGCCACCAUGGCCACCACAGCCACUGUGGCCUCCUUGGCCUCUGUGGCCUCCAUGAGGUCAUUGUGGCCACCACAGCCACUCUGGCCACCAUGGUCACUAUUAUCACCAAGGCCACUGUGACCACCAUGCUCACCAAGACUCCCUGAGCCACAAGGCUUCCACAUCCACCGUGGCCACAGUGCCACAAGGCCAUGGUGCAAAGCAAUUCUACUAAAUAAUUCCAUCAAAUCUAUUGUGUCAAAAGAAUUCCAUUAAAUUCUUCUAUCAAAACAAUUCCAUUAAAAUCUUCUAUCAAAAGAAUUUUAUUAAAAUAUUGUAUCUAAUAAAUUGCAUCAAAAAUUUCAUUAUUUUUUCUAUCAAACAAUUCUAGUAAAUAAUUCCACCAAAACAUUCCAUUUAAUAAUUGUAUCAAAGCCAUUCCAUUAAAUUACUCUAUCCAAGCCAUUCUAUUAAAUAAUUCUAUAAGAACAAUUACAUCAAAUUAUUCUAUCUAAUCUAUUCCAUUACAAAUUGGUAUAAAAAUACUAAUAAAUAAUUCUAUCAAAACAAUUAUCUUUAUUCAAUCAGAACAAUUCCAUUAUCUUAUCAAAACCAUUCUAUUAAAUAUUGUAUCAAAUCAAUUGUAACAAAAUAUUCCAUUAAAUUAUUCUAUCAAAACAAUUCCAUUAAAUAACUGUGUCAAAGCCAGCAAAGACAGACAAUUCCCAAGCAGGGCUCGAUGUGGCUCCCUGUGGAGGGCGCUCAGCCCUCAGACCCGGGGGUGUCUGCGCUCCCACGGAGGGAGCAGACCUGAAGGCCAAAAGGUUUCAGCCACAGCUCUAGAGAAAGGCCCUUGGGCGGCCAAACCCCUCGGUGUGAUGGAGACACAAAAAUCCCGCCCAGCGUGCCUUGCAGCUCAUGCAGAUUCUCUCGAUCCUAUUUGCCCUGCCCCUCUUGCUCUGCCCCUGUACCCUCAGAUGAUUCCCUGGUUGCUCUACCCUGGCUCCCUCUGCCUUUCCCAUGUAUCCGCGGCUCCCUCUGCCUUCCCGGGCUUCUUCCAUCCCUGGCCCCGUUUGUGGCAAGCCCUAAUAAAGGCUCUCAGUGGAACUCCACACCAAGACCCCGUCUCUGUUCUGUGUCGCCCGAGAGCGCUUCUCACAAAGGAGCUGAUAAUCACAGCGGCGAGGCGAGUGUGCCUGUGCACCCCAGAACACGUCUUCACAAAAACCCUUCUCUAGGGAGGUGUACUGGUUUGAAAAGCAAAACCAGUGAAACUUCAAGUCAGUAAUAAAAUUUUUAAUAGGGAAAAGAAAAAGGAAAAACAAAAUACAUGCAAUAAUAAAAAAUAAAACCACCGACAGAUUCAGAAUACAACCUGACACCCUGUCAGUCAGGGUGCUGGUGCAGUUUUCUUCCAAAGGGUCCAGCGAUGAUGUGGAAAAAGCCUGGUUCUUCCUCUGGAAUCCAGUGGAAAAAGGCUGCCUUUGGCCUUCUAAACCUCAGUUUUUAUCUAGGUAGCAAAGGCUUGGCUCGUCCUCCUGGCUGGAGCAUCUCCCAAUGGGAUGAUGUAAUCUUAUCAGUUAUACAGUAGGAUCAAUGGCCCAUUAACAGAAGAUACUCCCCACAGAGAUAAGGAUGAUCACUCCUCUCAGAUGGUAAUAGAAUAUCUAUCUUGUAUUGUAAUCCAGGACACCUUCCACAGGGCAUGAACAAUUCCCCCUCUAUUUCCCAAGGGUACGUUGCC